UGUUUACAUAUAGAGCUGGUUGGACUAGCACCUGUCUCCUCCUCUCAUUCAGCAGCUCUACAGCACAGGCCUCUAGCAGCAGCUUAUUCAUCUUCACCAUCAUGAGUCCAAGAAACAUAAUUUUCAAGAAGACCUGCAAAGACAAGUCGGUGGGAGUGUUCAUGGGGAAGAGAGACUUUGUGGACCGCGUCGAUUCUGUGGAUCCAGUGGAUGGCGUUGUCCUCAUUGAUCCUGAGGCUCUGGCUGGGAGGAAAGUGUUUGUCACCCUGUCUUGCAUCUUUCGCUACGGCCGAGAUGACAUGGAUGUGAUGGGAAUAGCCUUCCGCAGGGAGCUGUUCCUGUCCACCCGCCAAGUAUAUCCACCCCUGCAGGACCGUGAGAAGGGAAUCCACACCAGGGUGCAGGCAAAGCUUCUGCGCAAACUAGGAAGCAAUGCCUACCCAUUCUUCUUCGAGUUUCCGGACAAUCUGCCUUGCUCAGUGGCUCUCCAACCAGCACCCCAUGAUGUUGGGAAGCAAUGUGCAGUGGAGUUCGAGAUUAAGGCAUUCAGUGCUGAGAGCCAGGAUGCAAAAGUGCGCAAACGGAGCACAGUAAAGCUAAUGCUCAGGAAGGUACAGUACGCUCCAGACUCACAGGGAGUCCCACCUACAGUUGAAACCACCAAGGACUUUGUCAUGUCUGACAAACCGCUGCAUGUUAAGGCCACACUGGAUAAAGAGCUUUACUAUCAUGGUGAGACAAUCCAUGUUGACGUCAACAUCACAAACAACUCUAACAAAACCAUCAAGAACGUCAUUCUUUCAGUUGACCAGGUUGCCACAGUGGUGUUGUUCUCCAAUGACAGCUACAUCAAAUGUGUGGACAUUGAGGAUUCUGGAGAUUCUGUGUCCGCCGGAGCGACGCUGCAGAAAGUCUACAAGUUGCUGCCGCUGCUGGCCAACAACAGGGAGAGGAGGGGCAUUGCUCUGGAUGGCAAACUGAAGCAUGAAGAUACCAACCUGGCCUCGUCCAGCAUCAUUAAGGAAGGACUUCAGAAGGAAGUUCUUGGAAUCAUGGUGUCAUACAAAGUUAUGGUGAAGCUCAUCGUUGGAGGGAUGAUGGGAUCUAGUGAGGUCGGCCUGGAGGUUCCCUUUAGACUGAUGCAUCCCAAACCAGACGCAGUCAAGGAGAGUGAGAUGGAGGACGAGCUUGUGUUCCAGGAAUUCAAGCGCUCCUACCUGAAGGGGAUCAUUGGAGCGGGCGAUGAUGAUGAUGAGGAAGGCAACGUGUCGGGCGGGGAUGACAUGGGGCCAAAAGAGAAGUAGAGGACAGAUGGCAGAGGGGUGGUUCUAGAAAAGGUCCUUUAAUGAAGGGCUGUUUAGAUGUUAUUUGUUGAGUGAAAAGUACUUCAGUUCCUAAAGGUUUUAUUACAGAAGAGCAUAAACACACUUUUAUUAAAACCAUGUCUCAGUUCUGCAAAUUUUAUAGGUGUAACAAAAAAUUAACUCUGCCAAAGAUUAUAUGGUAAAUGGCAUGUACUUACAUAGCGCCUUUUUCAAGUCAGGAGACUUGACCAAAGCGCUUUACACUACAUUCAUUCACCCAUUCACUCACACACUGAUGAUGGCAAGCUACAUUGUAGCCACAACUGCCCUGGGGCUCACUGACAGAAGCGGGGCUGCCGUACACUGGCGUCACCGGCCCCUCUGACCACCAUCAGUAGACAAUGCAGGUGAAGUGUCUUGCCCAAGGACACAACAACAAUGACAGUCAGAGCCAGGGCUUGGCCUUCAUUUUCAGGGCAAACUCCUACAUCCAACGCCACUGUCGCCCUACUUAAAUGAAAAAAACUUUGAGGAACUUAAUGUCAAGCACAUAUUCAUGCAAGACACAAAAACAAUCAUCUUUGUGGUGAAUUGUUAGAGGAUAGGUGGAAGUUGAGAAGAAAAGAACCCCAAACAUUUUGUAUUUUAUCUUUAAACAAUAAAUCUACCCAUUUAAGUUCAAUUCUGAAAAAAACAGCCCACAGGUAAAGAUGA